GCAUCACCAGCCGCUGCUACCAUCUCCCGCUCACGUAAUACUCCCGUGAACGAGCUGACUUCUUCUCCUGGAAAUGAAAUCUUAAAAUCUGUGCCAUAUCACAUCGGAUGUAAACCCAGCAGCCAGUCAAGGAAAAGUAAAAAAAAAAAAAAAAGGGCGUCAAAAACUACAACACUGGCAACAGUUUGUUACCUUUGACUUCAUUAAAGAUUGUGUUGUGCUGUGGAGGUUUUCGCGGCCCCGGCCCGAGCUGCCAUGCCAUUUGGUUGUUUAACACUCGGGGAGAAGAAGGAUUACAACAGUCCUGCAGAAGUCACCGACAAAUAUGACCUCGGACAAGUUGUCAAGUCGGAGGAGUUCUGUGAGAUUUUCCGGGCGAAGGAUAGAACCACCUUGAAAAUGUACACCUGUAAAAAGUUUCACAAAAAGGACGGAAGGAAAGUGCGGAAAGCUGCCAAGAACGAGAUAAUGAUCCUCAAGAUGGUAAAACAUCACAACAUCCUGCAGCUGGUUGACGCUUUCGAAACCAAGAAAGAAUACUUCAUCUUUCUGGAACUCGCUACAGGCAGAGAGGUCUUUGACUGGAUCCUGGAUCAAGGGUACUAUUCGGAGAGAGACACCAGCAACGUUAUGAGGCAGGUGUUGGAAGCCGUUGCCUACCUGCACUCCCUUAAAAUUGUCCACAGAAAUCUCAAGCUGGAGAAUUUGGUGUACUAUAACCGACUGAAGCACUCCAAAAUCGUAAUCAGUGACUUCCAGUUGGCCAAACUGGAGAACGGACUGAUCAGGGACCCAUGUGGUACCCCAGAAUAUCUUGCCCCUGAAAUGGUGGGGAGACAGAGAUAUGGGCGGCCUGUGGACUGCUGGGCAAUAGGAGUGAUCAUGUAUAUACUUUUGUCUGGAAAUCCUCCAUUUUAUGACGAUGGUGAUGAAGAUGAAGACAGCCGUGAUAAAAAUCUCUUUAUUAAGAUUUUGUCAGGAGACUAUGAAUUUGACUCUCCGUAUUGGGAUGACAUUUCUGAUUCUGCCAAGUCUUUGGUGGCAUCACUGAUGGAGGUGGAUCAGGACCAGCGGCUCACAGCACAGGAAGCCAUCAGCCAUGAAUGGAUUUCUGGAAAUGCAGCAUCUGACAAAAACAUCAAGGAUGGAGUUUGUGCACAGAUUGAGAAGAACUUUGCCAAAGCAAAGUGGAAGAAAGCCGUGCGAGUGACCACACUGAUGAAGAGACUCCGUGCGUCAGAGGGUGAUUCUGGAGCUAGUCCCGGGGCAGUCUCUGACCCCAACGCGCCCACCCCGCUCACUGGGGCUGGAGCAGGAGGUCUGAGCAUGGCCGCCAGCAUCAAGGCAGCACUCAGUGAAAAAUCCAGCGACACACAGACUGCCUCAGUGAUACAAGAUGAACAACAACCCCAAACACGGUGCAACGGUGACGCUGUCCAUGUGCAGCAGAAACAAGCAGAGUAGGUUAAAACACAGGAGAAGAAGUCGUACAACCAUUACCAGUCAAACCCACACGGAGAGUCUAGCCAGGGAUUCCUUUGGCUUGAAACCGCCAUAUUUGAGACCGCCAUAUUUGUUAUCCUGAGCUGAAUUUUUCAACAGCAUCAUGCGUUCUGUCAUAUUGCCUCUUGUGUUGGUUGAACUAAUAGUGUGUCAUUUGUUCAUUUGUGUAAAAUUCCCUUUAAAGCUUUUUAAACGUAGCCCUUAGCUGUUUUCCUUUACCCGUCAUUAAAGCUAACAUGUACUUUAGUAACACCCACUGACUAACUGUAUAUAAUGUAGAGGUGUUUGUAUGCUCAACAUGUUUAUAGAUGUCAGCUUCACAAGUUACAACCAUUUUUUGUUUCAUAAAAGGAAUAACUAGUAGGCCUAUAAAAAUCUAUUUUGAUUGGUUCAAAUGAUUUGCUUAAAAUAGAACAUUUAGGUCAAUAUUCCAUAGUUAUUAUAUCACUAAUAACUCAAAUAUUACAUUACUAACAACCAUAGGGACCCUACAGUUAAUAAUCCACUGCAGCAGAAGGUAACAGACACAAGCUAGUUAUGUACGUAAGUUUAUUUGUUUUUUCUUUCUUUUUAGUUGAAGUGCCUUAAUAUUUGUUGCAGUAGGCUGAUGUACAGGAACAUUUCAGAGACAGCUGUAGAGUUUCACUGGUGUCUCUGAAAUGUUUGAGAGAACUUUCCUUUGCUUUCUGUUCCGUCUUGUGCAGCUUUAUUGUUUUUUGUGUUUUUGUCUAAUUUGAUACAGUCACAUGUAGAACAGGCCUAAUAGUUAAAAUGUUAAUUUGUAAUGUGGUGUUAGAUGUUAUUGUGUUGUCACUUGUAAUUAAAAAAGUCCAAGUGGUGUAGCUAUGUUUAUUUUCACUGUCAUGUAUAUUAUGAAGGCCUACUGUUUAGCUACAUUUAGCUACUGAACUGGUUGCUCCAAUGCUUGUGACUGAAUAAAAUGAGCAAUACAAUCU